CUUCAGAGUUUCCUUUCCUAAGAAAGUCGAGAGAGGUGGAAAGAUUGACUUCCGUGUUUCUGCUUUAGUUUCGGUGUCUUCUCCGUCAUCAUGGGUGCGUGUAUGGCCUUGUGCUCGCUGGCGAGCUGCGCGUCCUGUCUCUGUGGCUCUGCGCCCUGUCUUUUAUCAGGAUGUUGCCCUUCGACAUACAACUCCACCGUGACCCGCCUGGCCUUCUCCUUCCUCCUGCUGCUGGGCACCAUAGUGUCCAUCAUCAUGAUCCUGCCCGGCAUGGAGACACAGCUGAAGAAGAUCCCUGGUUUUUGUGAAGGAGGCUCUUCUAUACCUGGAUUUGAAGGGAAGGUGAACUGUGAGAUCAUUGUUGGCUAUAAGUCGGUCUACAGGAUGUGCUUUGCCAUGGCCUGUUUCUUCUUCCUGUUCUCCAUCAUCAUGAUCCGUGUGAGAAGCAGCAAGGAUCCACGAGCCGCCAUUCAAAACGGUUUCUGGUUCUUCAAGUUCUUGAUUCUGGUCGCUCUUACAGUGGGAGCUUUCUUCAUUCCAGAUGGGGCUUUCAACACAGUGUGGUAUUACUUCGGCGUGGUGGGGUCCUUCAUCUUCAUUCUGAUCCAGCUCAUUCUGCUGGUGGAUUUUGCUCACACCUGGAACCAGAAGUGGGUGGAGAAGGCAGAGAGCGGGAACAAUAAAUGCUGGUAUGCAGCCCUGCUCUCAUUCACACUGGUGCACUAUAUCUGUGCCUUUGCCGCUGUGGUUUUGUUCUAUAUAUUCUACACACAGCCGGAUGACUGCGCCGAGCACAAAGCCUUCAUCAGCCUCAACUUCAUCUUCUGCAUCAUUGUGUCUGUGGUGGCCAUUCUUCCAAAAGUGCAGGAAGCUCAGCCGAACUCUGGUCUGCUCCAGGCGUCUCUCAUCUCUCUCUACACCAUGUAUCUCACAUGGGCUGCCAUGAGCAACAACCCCAAUCGUAAGUGUAACCCGAGUCUGUUGAGUCUGGUCAGCGGCGGGCCGACAGCAGUCACUCCCACCAGCGCCCCCGGCAUCCAGACACAGUGGUGGGAUGCCCAGAGCAUUGUGGGGCUGGUCAUCUUCCUCCUGUGCACACUGUAUGCCAGCAUUCGCUCCUCAAACAACAGUCAGGUGAAUAAGCUGAUGCAGACAGAAGAAGUUCAGGGGCUGGCGCCUGCCAGCGAGGGCGUCUCUGAGGACGGCGUCAGGCGCGCUGUGGAUAACGAAGAGGACGGCGUCACAUACAGCUACUCCUUCUUCCAUUUCUCCCUCUUCCUGGCCUCCCUCUACAUCAUGAUGAACCUGACCAACUGGUACCAACCCGAAACAGACUACGCAGCCAUGAAAACCAGCAUGCCAUCUGUGUGGGUGAAGAUCAGCUCGAGUUGGCUGGGACUGGCGCUGUACCUCUGGACCCUGGUGGCUCCGCUAAUCCUGAGAGACCGAGACUUCAGCUAAACACUCAGAAGAUUCAAAAAGUGGCCUUGUACUGAAGCAAUACACCUCAUACCAAACCACAUGCAGAGGUCACUUAUUCAGUACAUUACAGAAGUUAUUGCUAAUCUUUAAAGGGAUAGUUCACCCAGA